AUGCAUAAAACCGUUCCCUUGCCCGAAUCUUUUCAAGGACCCGCUUGUCGAUCAGUCGAAAUGCUUGUCAAAAUGAUGGACGCGGGUAUGAACAUAUGCCGAUUGAACUUUUCACACGGGUCUCACGAGUACCAUGCCGAAACAAUCAAAUUAAUUCGCCAGGCUGUGGAUUCGUUUAAAAAUACAGUGCGACCAGUCGCAAUCGCGUUGGAUACCAAGGGGCCAGAAAUUCGCACGGGGCUUAUACACGGCAGUGGUACCAGUGAAGUUCUUCUGGAGGCCGGACAUGCCAUUCGAAUUACAACAGAUCAAACAUACAUGGAUAACUCGUCCGAAAAGAUGCUAUUUGUCGAUUACCAAAAUAUUGUCCAUGUAGUUGAUACGGGCUCCAAAAUUUUCAUUGAUGAUGGAUUAAUCAGUCUAGUUGUAAAAAGCAAAGGUCCCGACUAUCUUGACUGUGAGGUGGAGAAUGGUGGCAAACUGGGUUCACGCAAGGGAGUCAAUCUUCCUGGUGCGAUUGUGGAUUUGCCAGCUGUAUCGGAAAAAGACAAGGAAGACUUGCGUUUCGCCGUGGAGCACAAUCUCGACAUCAUAUUUGCCUCGUUCAUUCGCAAUGCGAAUGCAGUGCUAGAAAUUCGUGAAUUGCUUGGCGAAGCUGGCAAACAUAUCAAAAUUAUUGCCAAAAUUGAAAACCAUGAAGGCGUGAAACGAUUCAACGAAAUCCUCGAUGUUGUCGAUGGUAUUAUGGUUGCGCGUGGUGAUUUAGGGAUCGAGAUCCCAGCUGAGAAAGUUUUCAUUGCUCAGAAAAUGAUGAUCGGUCGAUGCAAUCAGGCUGGAAAACCAAUUAUUUGUGCCACGCAGAUGUUGGAAUCAAUGACAACCAAGCCCCGUCCAACACGUGCGGAAUCCAGUGAUGUUGCCAAUGCCGUGUUGGAUGGAGCUGACUGUGUUAUGCUUUCCGGCGAAACUGCUAAGGGUUUGUAUCCGUUGGAGACUGUGCAAACAAUGCAUCGUAUCUGUCUACAAGCCGAGGCAGCCAUAUUCCACGGCCAACUGUUUGAGGAUUUGAAAGAAUCCUUACUUGGUCCGGUGGGUAUGGCUCACACUACCGCCGUGGCAGCUGUCGAGGCUGCCAAUCGGUGCAAUGCAUCCGCGAUUAUUGUUAUUACAACAUCCGGUCGAUCCUGCCAGUUGAUCUCCAGACACCGACCACGUUGUCCAAUUCUAACUGUCACGCGUCAUGCGAUUACAGCUCGUCAAGCCAACUUGUUCCGUGGUGUACAUCCACUUUACUACGGAGGUAAGUUUUUCACGUGA